AUUCAAUGCUGCAAAAGAAAAAGCAAUGCAUGAAUUUACAAUUUCCGCGGGGAGCCUUUGCUUAUUCUCGCUUUUGGUGGGCUUUACUAUUCAGACUGUCUACCGUCUGUUCUUCCACCCUCUUCGCAAGUUUCCAGGCCCUAAACUAGCGGCUAUUUCUUAUCUGUACGAGUUCUACUACGAUGUGAUUUGCAAUGGCUCUUAUCUCUUUAAGAUUGAGCAGCUACAUCAGAAAUAUGUCGUACGGAUCAAUCCCCGUGAACUCCACAUCAAUGACCCUUAUUACUACGAACAAAUUUAUACUGGUAGCUCGCGGGUCCGAGAAAAGGAUCCCAGAUUCAUCGGCGUGUUCACGACACCCUUGCCUAUGGUUGCAACGGUUGGUCAUGAACAUCACCGGGUUCGCCGCGGUCUCUUGAGCAGCUACUUUUCCAGAAGAGCCUUGAAAAAGGCCGAAUCGAUCAUUGACCAGAAAGUCGACCGUUUGAUGGUACGCUUCCGCUCCGCCUUUGAAGAUCAUGCAGUUUUGCCCCUGCAACGUGUUUUUGCGGCUCUCGCGGCGGAUAUCGUCUCAGAGUACUGCUACGGGGCGAGCCAAGGAUAUCUGGAACAGAAGGUCUUCCAAAAUCAGAUGAUCGAUGCGGUCAAUUAUGUCAUGUCUAUGUGCCAUAUCAACAAGUUUUUCCCUGUCUUACCCAAGCUCCUUCGCUGCGUGCCGAUCGGGCUUAUGGAGAAGUUGGGCCUUCAGAUGGCCGAUGUAAUUGGGGUGAGGAACCUGAUUCGUCGACAGGCGGCGAAGUCUCUUGACAAGGUGUGGUUAUCGCAUGACAGUGACAUGCUCUCUAAAAACGUGUUUGAUGCUAUAGCAGCCGCCGAUGUCGCACCGCAAGAGAAGACGCUACGUCGACUUGAAGAAGAGGGCGCGGCUCUCUUCGGUGCUGGAAUUGAGACUACCGCAAGAGCCUUAACCGUCGCCAUGUUUCAUUUGACCAAUGACGAGACUAUGCGAUGUAAGCUACGCGACGAGCUCAACCAAGUCAUGCCUGCUCCGACCAGUCGACCAACCUGGGCUGAGCUGGAACAAUUGCCGUAUUUGAGUGGAGUGGUUAAUGAGUCCCUUCGGCUCUCGUAUGGGCUGGUGGCUCGGUCUCCUCGCGUGGCACCUAUCGAGUCAUUAACGUAUGGUGAAUACGUGAUUCCACCUGGCACACCACUAAGCCAGUCAGCCUACUUCGUUCAUAUGAAUCCUCAGGUUUACCCUGAACCGGAAUCGUUUAACCCUGAGCGAUGGAUCAAAGCCGCUGAAAAUGGACAGUAUCUGAACAGAUUCCUUGUUGCGUUUUCCAAGGGAAGCAGGCAAUGUCUAGGACUGAAUUUGGCUUAUGCCGAGCUCUACUUGACACUAGCGAGAAUAGUUCGUCUCAUUGACAUGAAGCUUGUGGGGACCACCAUCGAAAAUAUCCGGGUUGGACGCGACCUUGGCCAUCCGGCCCCGAAAGCUGGUAGCUUUGAAGUUAAAGCUGAAAUCGUGGGGGUCACAGCUUGUCCUUAA